UUGCAUUAUUCAGAUCUAUUUUUCUUUUUUCUUCUUUUUUUCUAUUUCUUCGUGAACAAUAGCUUAGACAGUUGGUGUUGUAGGUCGGUGGAGAAUGAAAAGGAGGCACCAUUCUCGCCCAAAUCGCCAGAAAUUUCUUCACCCAAAAAGAUAUCAAGGACACAGAAGCGCCUAACUCAGAGCCUCGCAAUCCAAAAACUGGUAGCAGAAGAUGACGGGCUUACUCAAGAAAACCCUGCUGAGAAAUCUCACGGAGAGCAGGGUUUUGAAGUUCGUUGUGAUGAUGUGGAAUCCGUACAAGAAGAUCAUGAUGCCAAGGCAGCAUGUACUGGUGUCGUCCAGACGAAAGAUGCACCAGCUGUGGAAGUUGAAUUCAAGAAAUCGGACAGUAACAGUUCAGUGGACCAAGUCAAAGAAAGCUCGACAGCAAUAUCCACAAGUUUCAACGAGUGCUCUAUCAAUGUGGAAUUUUCAAAAAAGGGCAAGUCAUUGAAAAGCGGGGCGCANACGAAAGAUGCACCAGCUGUGGAAGUUGAAUUCAAGAAAUCGGACAGUAACAGUUCAGUAGACCAAGUGAAAGAAAUCUCGACAGCAAUAUCCACAAGUUUCAACGAGUGCUCUAUCAUUGUGGAAUUUUCAAAAAAGGGCAAGUCAUUGAAAGUGGGUCGAAGACUGAAGCAUGACAGUUUAUGCAAAGAUGUUUUGAUUCGUGACGUGACUGCACUUGGAGAGCGGGGCGCAGGCCUGAACGCAGUUACUGGUGUCGCUUGCAGCACAACGAAUGAAAGCAAUCACAAAAAGAGCAGUAUGAGAACAAGAGGGCUUGAAAAUCCCCCGUUCUCGACGCGAUCUAGGAGCAAACCCCAUCCAGGAGCGAUGACCACUACAAGAACCUAUCAAUCUGAGGAUACUAGGCGAGAGGAUAGGAGAACAGUUGAGAAAACAAGUUUCAGCCAACGAACUGCUGAAGCCGAAGUCUGCAAGACUGAUGAGAAUCAAGAAGAAAACAUUGUAAAGACCACCGAAGUGAAGGUCACUAGCAGUACGAGCUUCAGCGAACGACAUACAAAAGCAAAUCUAAAUGCUAGAGGCAACCAUUCAGAUGCCAGUGCUGAGAAGAUUGUUAAAGAAAAGCCAGUAGAUGGUACGAGUUUCAUUGACCGGUCAACCAAAGCUAAUAUGGUCUUGGAGGGAAGCCGGCAAGAUGAGAAGGCAGCAAAGACUAUUCAUAAAAGAACGAGCGACAGUAUCUUCUACAGCGAGCGGUCUUCUUCGAGCGAAAUGAUGAGGAGAGGUGAUCGUCAAAUCGACAAUGUAGAAAUGACUGUUUGCGAGAAAGCCAAUGUAAGUACGAGCUUUAGUGAACAAUCUACAAGGAACAAGCUGGACGCUACCAGCGAUUGUCGGAUUGUCAGUAUUGGGAAGACGGUCGACGAAAAGACCACGGACAGCACGAGCUUCAGCGAACGCUCUGCCAAAGCUAAAACCUUCAAAGCCGAUCAGAGUGAACCCGAAAAUGUAGAGAAAACUGUUGAGGAGAAGGCCGUUGACUGUACGAGCUUCAGCGAGCGCUCUGCUAGAGCAAAACUGACUUCUGAAGGUCGUCGUCAAGAUUCCAGUGCUGAGAAGACGGUUGAAGACUGUUCGGCUGACAGUACAAGCCUCAGCGAAUGCUCUGCUAAAGCCAAAGCAUUCAAGACCGAUCGAAGUGAACAGGAUAAAGUGGAGAAGAGUGUUGACGAGAAGACUGCUGAGAAUACAAGCUUCAGCGAGCGUUCAACUAAAGUUAAGCUUGCUUCUGAGAGGAGUCAUAGAGAAGUCGGUGCUGAAAAGGCUGUCGACGAAAACGCCGCUGACAGUACGAGCUUCAGCGAGCGCUCUGUUAAAGCUAGACUGACCUCUGAAGGUCGUCGUCAAGGUUCCAGUGCUGAGAAGAUGGUUCACGAGAGAGCCGAUGACAGUACAAGCUUCAGCGAACGCUCUGCUAAAGCCAAGAUGUUCAAGACUGAUCAAAGUGAACACGACAAAGUAGAGAGAACUGUUGACGAGAAGGCUGCUAAGAGUACGAGCUUCAGCGAACGUUCUGCCAAAGCUCGAACAUACAAAGUCGGUCAAAGAGAACCUGAAAAUGUAGAGAAAACUGUUGAGGAGAAGGUCGUUGACUGUACGAGCUUCAGCGAGCGCUCUGCAAAAGCAAGAGUGAAUUCUGACGGUCGUCCUCAAGAGUACAGUGCUGUGAAGACAGUCGACGAGAAAGCCGCUGAGAAUACAAGCUUGAGCCAACGCUCUACUUCAGCUAAGCUUACCUCCAAGGACAGUCGUCAAGGAUUCAAUGCUGAGAAGACUGUUGACGAAAAGGCCGUUGCCAGUACAAGCUUCAGCGAACGCUGUGCUGAAGCCAAAACAUUCAGGGCCGAACAAAAAGAAAGUGACAAAGUAGGAAAAACUGUUGACGAGAGACCCACUGAGAGUACAAGCUUCAGUGAGCGCUCUGCUGAAGCCAAGUUGACCUCUAACGGAAAUCGACAAGAAUUUACUGAUGAGAAGACGUUUGACGAGAAGACUGCUGACAGUGUAAGCCUCACCGAGCGCUCUGCCAAAGCUAAAACGAUCAAAAGCGACCAAAUUGAACACGACAAAGUAGUGAGAAUUGUCGACGAGAAAGUUGCUGAAAAUACAAGCUUCAGCGAGCGCUCUACUGCAGCUAAGCUGACUUCUGAGAGAAGUGAUGGAGACCUCGAUGCUAAGAAGACUGUAGACGAAAAAGCCGCUGACAGUACGAGCUUCAGCGAGCGCACUGUUAAAGCUAGACUGACCUCUGAAGGACGUCGUCAAGAUUUCAGUGCUGAGAAGACAGUCGACGGGAAAGCCGCUGGCAAUACAAGCUUGAGCCAACGCUCUAUUACAGCUAAACUUACCUCUAAGGAUAAUCGUCAAGAUUUCAAUGCUGAGAAGACGGUUGACGAGAAGGUCGCUGACAGUACAAGCCUCAGCGAAUGCUCUGCCAAAGCCAAAACAUUUAAGACCGAUCAAAGUGAGCAUGACGGAGUAGAGAAGACUGUCGGCGAAAAGGCCGCUGACAGCACGGGCUUCAGCGAGCGCUCGACCAAAGCUAAGCUGACUUCUGAGAGGAGUCAUGGAGACCUCGAUGCUGAAAAGACUGUAGACGAAAAGGUCAGUGACAGUACGAGCUUCAGCGAACGCUCUGCCAAAGCCAAAACAUUUAAGACGGAUCAAAGUGUGCAUGACGGGGUAGAGAAGACUGUCGGCGAAAAGGCCGCUGACAGCACGGGCUUCAGCGAGCGCUCGACCAAAGCUAAGCUGACUUCUGAGAGGAGUCAUGGAGACCUCGAUGCUGAAAAGACUGUAGACGAAAAGGUCACUGACAGUACGAGCUUCAGCGAACGCUCUGCCAAAGCCAAAACAUUUAAGACCGAAAAAAGUGUGCAUGACGGGGUAGAGAAGACUGUCGGCGAAAAGGCCGCUGACAGCACGGGCUUCAGCGAGCGCUCGACCAAAGCUAAGCUGACUUCUGAGAGGAGUCAUGGAGACCUCGAUGCUGAAAAGACUGUAGACGAAAAGGUCACUGACAGUACGAGCUUCAGCGAACGCUCUGCCAAAGCCAAAACAUUUAAGACCGAAAAAAGUGAGCAUGACGGAGUAGAGAAGACUGUCGGCGAAAAGGCUGGCGACAGCACGGGCUUUAGCGAGCGCUCGACCAAAGCUAAGCUGACUUCUGAAGAGAGUCAUGGAGACCUCGGUGCUGAAAAGACGGUUGACGAGAAAACCGUUGAGAAUUUAAGUUUCAGCGAGCGCUCUACUAAAGCGAAGCUGAACUCUGAGGAAAAUCGUCAAAAAUUCACUGCAGAGAAGACGGUUGGCGAGAACGCCGCUGGCAGUACGAGCUUCAGCGAGCGUACUGUUAAUGCUAGACUGACUUCUGAAGGUCGCCAAGAAUUCAGUGCUAAGAAGACAGUCGACGAAAAAGCCGCUGAGAAUGCAAGCUUGAGCCAACGCUCUACUACAGCUAAGCUUACAUCUAAGAACAAUUGUCAAGAAUUCAAUGCUGAGAAGACGGUUAGCGAAAAGGCCGCUAGUAGUGACAGUACGAGCUUCAGUGAACGCUCUGCUAAAGCUAAGCUGAAUCUUGGAGGGAAUCAUCAAAGCAUCUGUGCUGAAAAGACGAUCGAAGAGAAGGCCGCUGAUAAUACGAGCUUCAGCGUGCUCUCGGCCGAAGCCAAAACAUACAAGACCAAGGACGUUAAAUAUGGCGGAGCUGAAAAGACUUUUAGCGAGAAAACUAUUGAAGGCACGAGCUCCAGCAAACGGUCAGUGAAGGCUGAGCUAGUUCAUGAAAGCGAUCGUCAAAAUGACAAAUCAGAGAAGGGUGUCGAGCAGACCAAUGACGGUACCAUCUUCAGCGAGCGAUCGGCACAAGCUGAAAUAACUGGGAAUGCUUAUGUUCAAGAUGUUAGUGAAGAAGAAAUAACUGGUGACAAGGCCACUGAUAGUACGCAGCUCACCGAACAGUUCGUUGAAACUCAGUUAUCCGAAACUGGUUUUUUCAAACGAGAGGAAGUAGAUAUUGCUGUUGGCAAGUCGACUGUUGAGAAAGCGAGCUUCCCUGAACGAACUCGGAAGGUUAAACCGAUCUCCAAGGGAGGUCGUCAUGAUGUCAACGAAGAGAAAUCCGCGAAUAGUACGAAAUCCAGUGCCCAAACUGUCGGAGCUAAAAUAUCAAGGAGAGAUGACAUUUCUGAUAAUAUUGAUACCAAUACGAGCGAAGGAUGCAUGGAAGCCACUAAAUUUGACGGCCAAGAUAUCUAUGCUGAGAAUGCUGUUAGCCGAGGACAAGCCGGCAGUUACUCCUUCAGCAAGCAAUCCACUGAAACUGAAAUAUUUGAGACAAGAAGGCAACCGGAUAUCAAAGUGGAGAAAGUUUUUAUCGAGGGAACCAGUGAUGGUACCAGCUAUGGCGAGCAGUACGAGGACAUUAUACUAACUUCUGCGAAGGUUCUACAACACGAUAGUGAAAGAGCUUUUAACGGGACAAUUUCGGCUACGCUUAGCAGUCAGCUCUCCAACUUCCAGCUUCAUAGGCCUGACGGUGAAGAAGAAGCAAUCAACACGACCGCGUCGCAGGUAGCUGAUUAUCAGGAGUAUUCAGAGCUUAAUAAAGAAGCCUUCUUCUCGGGUCAAUUAGAGGAGAAACAUUUCGAAGGAGCUUUGAAGGAAAAUGCUGCAGACCGCAUUGCGUUCAGCGAAUGUACUUCAAGCAGUUACAUUACCAAAUCCAGCAAACAGGAAAACGCUCCUUUCUCAGGGGUCCCGGCGGCCAUGAGAGAUGUUGGAGGAGUUUGGGCGAUGAAAGAAAAGAAGAAACAACUAGAGGAAAAAAGGGCUAUCGCUGCUCGAAGUGAGGCGCCACCCACUGGAAAGGGUUCCGUCGGUUUCAACACCGAGGGAGGUGAUAUAGGUAAUGCGAUUCAGAAAAUAACAAAUCUGGCUGAACAUCUUGAUACCGAUAGCGCAACUCCUACUUCUAUGUCACGGGACGUUUCAAAUAUGAUGAAUUGCCCUACCCAUUCUUUCAUACCCCAGAUGUCCACUAUUUACUCUGAAGAAGAAGGAAAUGCCACAGACUGUGAAGAGUGUUCUUUCGCAAUACUGUCCUUGCCUUUAACAACCACUGUCAAAGUUGCGGAAACCUUUGCUGUUGCAAUGAGUGAGCCUCAGCUGUUGUCCCCUACCCCGCCAAAAUCUGGAUUAUCAGAAGAAAAGGGUAGAGAGUCGGAAUCCGCAGUGUUGAAUGAGGAGCUCGAGCAAGUCCGAAGGUCUUCGCAACAAAAGAGAUUGUCUGCUGGAAAAUCGAAACCUUCAAAUAUCAAAUAUUUAUCAGAUGAGACCGAAAAAUUGCUGAAGAAGAAGGCGAAGCAUUCUGAAAGAGCCAACAGAAGUAGUGCACUUAUGGAUAGCGAGAAUGACUUUGGUAAUCUGAGUACUGAUCAAAUGGCUGACCUUGGAACAGACUCAGACUUGGCAAUCGGACUCUCUGACAAUGACCUCCCGAAGCCCCAUCUGACCGCUCCCGGAGCUACUGCAGAAGCCUUCAACAACCCUAAUGUCCGCGAGAAUGAGACAAACCAUCGAGCGCCUGUAUUCAGAAUCAAGAAACAGUUGGUAAAAUGUGCAGAGGGAAAACCAUUAUCUUUGAAAACGUUUAUUUCAGCUAGUCCAGAACCCACGUUAUCUGUGUAUCACAACGACGAUCUGAUCUGCGCCAAUCGUGCCGAAUCUCUGGUAAAGGAAGGAGACAAUCUCUAUAGUUUCACUUUUUCCGUGGAAUCGUUACGUGUGGAAGAUGGUGGGAAACUCACAAUCAAAGCCAAAAAUCAUCUAGGAAGUGACGAGUGUAUCACCUACAUCGAUGUUGCAGAAGAAGCAAGACAAAGAUUUUCGAAAUUCGACUUCAACAACUUUGAACGCGAAUUUGAAGCUGCCGAAAUAACCACCUCAAUAGCGGAUGUGGCUGUUGUCAAAGGGGAAACAGCACGAUUACAUGGGAAGGUGUCCGGGUACCCAAUCCCAGAAAUGAUCUGGUUGAAAAAUGGAGUCGAAUUCAAUCCAAUGUCUAUGCUUGAUAAAUACAACGUCGACAUUCUACCAGACGGCACGUUCACUAUGGAAAUCGCUGACUGUAACCUUGAUGACGAUGAUGUUUAUGCUUUGCUUGUCGAGAACAUGGCUGGUAUUGACAGCUGCGAUUUCCAAGUCUUUGUGAGUAAUACAGUCAGUGAUUCAAAGGAGCGCAGUCAUCGAAAAAAGGCUCUGCGAAGUUUGAACCGCAACGAGAUUGUCUCUUCUGACAAUGAGAUUGAAAAUCGGAUACAAAAGAAACGCAGAAGAAUCAGAAGAGUUGUCGAAAGAGCGAAUCCAAAUGCUCCCAGACUGACUCAACGACUGGUUCCGCCGCAUUUCGAAAAAAUUCUCUCCGAUCAAGAUGCAACUGAAGGUGAAAAAGUGGUCAUGAUGGUGACCAUGGAAGGGAAUCCCCCACCGGAAGUGCGCUUCUACCGCGAUGGGAAACUAAUUUGUGACGAUGAUAAAUAUGAAAUUCGUCAUGAAACACACCCGAUAUCCAAGCAUUCGCUCAUUGUGAAGAAUGCUGAGAAGACAGAAGAAGCGGAAUACGCUUGCCAGGCAGUGAAUCCUGCUGGAGAAGCUUGGUGCUACUCAGAUCUCACUGUGCGGCCUACAGGAAGGACAGAAAAAAUCUCAGCCGGUGUCCAGUCCGAAGGAGAGGCUCCAAUUACGAAUCUGUUGACUCCAAAAGAGCCUCAACUUUCAAAGGAAGUAAUAGAGGCUUGCCAAGUUGAACAAGGAAACAGAGAGGACACUUUUCAACAGUGCGAAUUGGAGGAGAUGGGGGCGAAGGCGUCUACGAGAAGAAGGAAGCAGAAGAAGCAGAGCAGAGACGAACCACAGCAAAGCCCGCUGGACCAUAGAUGGGGUGAUCCUGAAGCUACAACUAGCGUAGAAGGAAGGAAGGACAAGCAUUUGGCUGCUAAUGAACUUGAAGUCUCAAUGCCUCAAACAAAUGCGGGACAAAGAAGAGAAUUGAGAUCUAGCGAAAAGGCGGAGGAUGUCGGUGAUGGUGAGACAGACAGUAAGAAUGUUGUGAACUUAAUAAAACAUGGCCCGUCGUCGCCGGAUACAACUGGCAAAAAGAAAAAGAACGUCCCCAAAGCGUUACUGAUACCGAGUCAGAUAAGCUCCCGCUUUGGUGAUCCAAGUAUCCUUCAUUCUGAGGCGAGCGUGACAAAAAGCAUAAAAGCUCCAGACAAGUCUGCCGAAGUUACUUCACCAAUCAAACGACCGCAAUCGGCGAACAUCUCAAUGAAAAUCCACAGCACUACACGCAGUCGCUCAGCCAGUGGGGCUCGUUCUGAAGGAGAGUUUACUUUUGAUCUGCGAUCCAGUACCACUAAAAAGGAUGUGGGAAGGAAUGAAGCCUCUGCUAAACUGAAGCUCCAACCUGAAAGCAAGGGUCAAACUGGCUUGCCUCCUAAAGAUGUCAAAAAAACAGUAAAGAAAGAAGGAAAAGGAGAAAAGCCAAAAGCUGCUUCGGAAAUAAAUAACGUUGAAGCCAUUCCAUCGGAGGUACUAGAGCGGGUGGCUACAAAGGAGGAUAUUAGCUCACAUCAAGACCAGAAGGACAAAGAAAAUGAGGUACAACAAAGUGGAAAGGAGAAGAAUGCUGUGGCGAAACAUGGAAAUCGGCUGAAAUGUUUCGAGGAAAAUUCUGCGAGUCCGCUUGACAACGACAGCCAAAACGCUCAAAUGAGACAGGAAUCUGCAGAGCCUCUUAAAAGUAAAAGCCGGAUCGUGGCAGAUGGUAGCUCAAUUACUAGUACUUCAAAAGCGCUACCGGAGGAUUCAUCCAAUAAUAAAGCAGGAGCGGUUAAGGCUGUGGAGGAAGAUGGUAGACAUUCUCAGGAAAAGAGUAAGGAAUCAGAAUUGCUCAACGGUUUGGGUAAGACGAAAUCUCUAAUUAAAAAGAAAAGAGUUGCAGACAAGUCAUCUUCAGAAAAGACGAAGGCAGCACUUCUUGAACACCAUUCCGAUCACUCAGAACAGGAUGGAAAGGUCUUUAACGUAGAUAGCCAAGAGAAUGGAGCGUUGCUAGCGUUCCCCCAUGCAGAUGAGAGCAGCUUCGAAAAGAGCGAAAGUUCCGUAAUGCAGAAGGAAGAGAAAAGCCAAAAGGAUAAUGAAGAGGUGCCGAAGAACGAAUUCCGAGAAAAGUCGAAAGUCAAGGAGGGAGCUGCUGAUGAUGAAAUGACGACGUUAGUUACCAGUACGGAGCCGUUAGUUCAAGAACUGCCAGAACGAAAUUCGUUCAAGAAAGUCAAACAGGCGGAAAAGGUUUCGUCGGAGAAAUCACUAACUGGAGAAAGUGGCCGUGAAGAAGAGACUCAUCUACGUAAAAGUGCUGCCAAAAAGCGGCCGAAAACGCAGGAAACGAGUCCCUCUUCAUUAUCCAACAACAGUGACGCUAAAGAUAUUGCCAUGAGCAGCGAACCUACCAAUAUUCCAAAACCUUUCGAGAGGGAAACUUUCGGUAAGGAAGAAAAGCCUGAUGGAAUGACGAAUUCACUCACGAUCAAGGAAAUCGAUUCCAAUGAUGCGGGACAUGAUGUCACGGCAGCAGGAGCACUCGCAACGAUAACAAAACCGUUGGAGUGUGAAACUAUCGGUAAUGAGAAAAAACCCGUUGUCCUCACCGUUGGACUUAGCGGUCCAGCGAAAGAUGUCAUAUGGACCAAGAAUGGCGAUGUUAUCACUGCCUCAGAAAAAUUUGAAAUAUCAUUCGACGGGAUGUCCUGUUCCCUCACGAUCAAGGACAGCGAUUCCAAUGAUACGGGACGGUACAUGGUCCGGGUUGACGAGUCCCAAUCCUCCACCGAUCUGAAAAUUUCCGGAAAACCAAAGUUCAAACCGUGCUUGGAGGAAGUACUAGAGGUCGAAAAGAGUGAAGACAUCAUGCUCAAAGCAGAGUUUGACGGCGAGGGUGAAGUAAUCGCGACUUGUUUUUUCAACGGAUCUCCUAUACGAGAGGAUUCGAAGACUCAGCUUUUUGUUCAUGAAAAUUCAGUGAAGUUUUCAAAGAAGCAUCCGACAAAGGCUGAUUCUGGAGUGUACACAGUGAAGCUGUCAGGCGAAUUCGGUGAAGUCACAAAAGCCUUCACUGUCAAAGUUAAAGAUGUACCUGGACCACCUGCCAGAAUAUCCGUUGACAAAAUUGGAGGUGAUACG